AUGGGAGAGAGAAGACACACGCGGGUCACUUUGGUUAAAGCGCCGAGAAUUCUUGAAGAGUAUCUGGAAGAGUACGGGGAGGCCGUGGAGAUAGGAGUCAUCGAAGAGGUGGGGGAGAGCAACGUGCUGAAGAUAAGCGCGCAGUUUGGGCCGCAGAACUUCCCAAGAGAGUGGAUACUUGCCCCCCUCGAAGAAAAAACGGGAAUGUUCACUUUUGUCCAGAAGCCACACGGUGCGUUCAUCGAUGGCGUGGUGACUGACGAGGUGUACAUCAAGCCAAAGAUCACCCCAGAGUAUCUGAAGUACAAGAAGGAGCGCGCAGCAGUUCUCAAUGUGAAAAAAGAUGUUAAGGCAGUUGACAGUCUGAAGGACGGCAUAAGAAUGGAAAGAUACGGUGCCACGGAGCACGAUGUCAUGGCGCGCAAGAGAAAAAAGAUGCUCAUGGAGAAAAAGAGAGAAAGACUCGAUCAGUCCGAGGUUAUGGACAUUCUCUUCAGAGCGUUUGAGGAGUACCCGUACUGGUCUGUUAAAGACUUAGCUGACAGAUCAGGACAGCCGCAGGCGUACAUUCUGGAGCUGCUAGCAAACAUUGCAACGCUCAACAAAAAAACGCACAGGAACAUGUACGAGCUGAAGCCAGAGUACAAGAACAACAACUAG